AUGGAUUCACCAUUUGCCUGGCCCUCCAAUCAGAUUGGGCUCGCAGUGACGUCCACAGAAACGGCCGAUACUUUGACGAAGUCACAUGCGUCUCUCGUCGGCGCACCUGCCAAUGUCUUAGGCGCGGCUCACAAUCGGUUCGUGGUUGUAUCGACGCUGCUUUCGCUGAUUGAUCGGGUGCGUGGUGAGCCGACAACCCACAGUCUUGACCGGCAUCCCCACGACGAUUCUUGGAAGCAUGAGCAGCUUCAGAAGAAAUUUCUCGAUUCUUUUGCUUUGAUCUCAUCGACUUCGAGAGUUGGGCGCGAGACUGCAGCAGCUGUAUGCUUGGAGCAGGGCCAUCCAAGCGGGACGGUCUUGCGACUUGCCCGAAAUCUUGGUGUUCCUAGUAGCUUGAUCAUACACCUGCAGGAAAUUCUAGACGAUCUGACUGCUGUUGCCCUGAAAGAGAGGAGAUCAAAAGACGUCGAGACUAAGAUACUGCUCAAAGUCAUCAACCUCACCCAAGACAAAAUCUGGUCGCUUCUAGAGCAGCUCAGUGAUGAAGACGUUCGGGCAGCUGUCGAACGAUCCAUUAGCGAGAUGGAUGAGGAUGAUCUUGAAUCGGGCGACGCCGAGGAAAUAGGCUUCAGACAAUGGGUCCUCAAGCUGCGUCUACUGACAACUCUCGACCCUAAAUCGGAUCCUUCUCAACUCAUUAUGCACAUCAAGUGGGCAUCAAAGGCCAGAUGGACCUACUCAGAACAGCUUGAGUCCUUUUUUGGAACAGAAAAAGAAGAGUUGCCCGAAUGGCUCCAGCAUAUAUACAAAUUAGGACGGUACUACGUGGCAACGAAGGCGAUGCUCAAACUAGCCUCGAAACAGCCAGAUGUGUUUACAUCCAUUCAUGUGGAGCCUGUCGAAGCUCCCGAACAAGUCAAAUUCACGCUGGGAAACCAGCGAGAUCCUCUCCUGACGGUGUUGAAAAAGAUUACGACCGCUGACCCAGUGGAACUCAGGGAUAAAUUGGGUCAAACUUGGUUCACAGCUGAUCCCGAGAAAAAGCUACGACAGGCCUGUCAUAUGACUCUAACCGUACAUGCCGAAAUGCAGCUUCUCAGCUUUUACGAUCACCACCCCCACCUUACGCCACGACUGCUAUUCAUGGGCACAAGCAAGAAAGCAUGCUACUUAUGUCACGAGUUCAUAUCUCGCCAUCCGCUCACGAUCGGCGUAUCGGCAAGCCAUCAGAAACUCUACCCGACGUGGCUUCCUGCCCCAUGCUCCUCGGCUGUGCGAAAGAAGCAUAAGGCACUUCUUUGGGAGUUCAGUAGACAUCUUGAGCAAACAACUGCCCGCGACCUCGAAACCAGACUAGGAAUCCGGAGGCCGAUAUCCAAGGAUUCAACUGCCGGUCCUUCACUCACAACUAGUUGGACGGAUUCUAUUGGCUCUUGGACCCAAGAGUUGUCUCUACGAGGUCCUCGGCGAUUCAGUGUAGACACAGCAGAAGUUUCAGAGAGGUGUAGCACAGAUUGA